AGACCGGCUGGGCCGGGAUUGUUCAGCCAUUUCUCUCGGGCCCCCCGGCUUGCUUCCAGGUCAUGCCAGGCUAUGAGGAAGCACUUACUGCCUUCGCCGAAGCCCGGUCGCUGCUGGCAAGGGCCGAGGAUGCCAUGCAAAAUGCCGUGCAGGGUGAGCAGUCGAGGAUCAUUGAGUUGAGGCGUGACUUGACCGAGGCUCGGGAGGCACAGAGGAAGGCCUCCACGGAUGUGGCGAGCGCCCGUGAUGCGCAAGAGAAGGCAGAGGGUCGGCUGGAGAAGCUCGAAGAGAAGCUUCAGGCCAAGCGCGAUGCCAUCCAAGAAUUGCAGGAUGAAAAGGACCAGCUGGAGGCCAAACUUGAGAAGAAGAAGAAGGAAAACAGAGAUCUCAAAGAGGAGGUGGAGGAGUUGGAGCAGAAAUUGGAGAAGGUGAAGGCUGGCGAUGACAAGAAGAAGAGGGCAGACAGCUCCAGCGGAAGUGACGAUGAAAAGGAGAAAGCCAAGAAAGUGCCGUUGAAGUUGAAAGCAUCCGCAUCCCGGAGUCGCGGCAGCCGACGGGGCACGAGCCCAGAGAGAGAAGUAGCAAAGAGGAAGCGACCCUCAAAAAGUCCAGGAGGUAAGAGCAGUGCAAGCUCAAAGGCCCGAGAGAAGGUGCGCAACAGGAGUCGCAGCCGCAGCGGCAGCAGGGACCGCAGGACCGAUGACCGUGGCCGAAGGAGGAGCCGAUCUCGGAGGUCUUCCAGCCGCCCCAGAAGCAGGAGCAGGGGCUACCGCGGAAAAGGCGAUGGCAAGGGCGAAGGUGCGCAGCUCUGCAUCCCCUACGUCCAGGGCCGGUGCCGCAGAGGUGACACAUGUCGCGACCGGCACCCCGCGGAUGAUUUGGAUUCCAUUUACGAGACGCUGCAGCGAAAGCCGUGCAGAUAUGGUGCGGACUGCAAGCGGCGGGACUGUGUAUUCAAGCACCCAGAUGAUGGCAGACGACGCGAAGACUGAGAGGGCGGAAGCAAUGGGCAAGGGCAGUCUCCGCCAAGUAUGCUUGAGUUGGCC